UGGAUUCGGCUGCGGCUCUGCGGCGGGUGUCGUGGGGUCCUCGCCAGCAGAUCCUCCGCCCACCGCGAGGAGAAGGGCAUGCAGCCGCUGCACACCGGAGGCCGCAGCCUGGGCCCGGGCAUCCUGAUCCUGACUAUUCCGAGGCUGCACUGUCCCCGUACACGCGGGAGUAGUGCCUGGGGACUGAUCUGCGCUUUCUCACUCCACUUGAAGGCCCAGGGCCCGGCGUCUCCUUGCAUCCCCAGCUCUGCCUCUGCGGAGGAUGGGGAUGGGUAGAUGACUCCGCUGAGAGCGGAAAUGAGGGGUGCAGAAGAGCUCGCAUCCACUUCUUUGUGGAGUGGCUCCAAAGGUCUGGAGCGCACACUGAGAGGGCCCAGGACACCGAAGGCGCAUAGGGCGCAGGGCGCUGGGGCCGCCGCCCGAAGGCUAGCGCUUCCCCUCUGAGGCAGCCCAGCCACCAUGGCGCGCGGUUUCGCAGCGGCCUCCGACUCACUGGGCCUAGGAGAACUCAGCUCCAGCUCUCCGAGCUCCCUGUCCUCCCGGGGCCACCUGGGCAGCGACUCGGGCUCCACCGCAACGCGAUACCUGCUGAGAAAGCAGCAGCGGCUGCUGAAUGGGCCCUCCCGCGGAAUCCGAGCCUCCUCACCCAUGGGCCGAGUGAUCCUCAUCAACUCCCCCAUCGAAGCCAACAGCGACGAAAGUGACAUCAUCCACGCAGUCCGCGUGGAGAAGAGCACAGCAGGAAGACUGGGGUUCAGCGUGCGGGGCGGCUCCGAGCACGGUCUGGGCAUCUUCGUCAGCAAGGUGGAGGGCGGGAGCAGCGCCGAGCGGGCCGGCCUGCGUGUGGGGGACAAGAUCUCAGAGGUGAACGGGCUGAGCCUGGAGAGCACCACGAUGGCCAGCGCCGUGAAAGCGCUGACCCGCAGCAGCCGCCUGCGCAUGACCGUGCGGCGCAUGGGCCGAGUACCGGGCAUCAAAUCCUCCAAGGAGAAGACCACCUGGGUGGACGUGGUGAACCAGCGGCUGGUGGUGGAGAGGUGUGGCUCGUCGCCGGCUGACAGAGGCUCGGGGGACGCUGUGCGGCGCAUAGUGCACCUGUACACGACCUCCGACGACCUCUGCCUGGGCUUCAACAUCCGUGGGGGCAAAGAGUUCGGCCUGGGCAUCUAUGUGUCCAGAGUGGACCCCGGCGGGCUGGCUGAGGAGAACGGCAUCAAGGUGGGGGACCAGGUCCUGGCGGCCAACGGUGUCAGAUUCGACGACAUCAGCCACAGCCAGGCUGUGGAGGUGCUGAAGGGCCAGACACACACCAUGCUGACUGUCAAGGAGACCGGCCGAUACCCUGCCUACAAGGAGAUGGUCUCUGAAUACUGUUGGCUGGACCGAUUGAGCGAUGGCGCGGGCGCGCCGCAGCAGCUGUGCCCCGCCUCCGCCUCCGAGAGCAGCUCCAGCGUCUCCUCCUACGCCUCCAGCACCCCCUACAGCUGGGGCUCCCUGCCCUCCGACCGCGCGGACACUUGCCUGGGGCCGGCGGAGCUGGGGGACCAGGCGCCAGGCUGGGGCAGGGCGGACACUGCCAUGCAGACGGAGCCCGACGUGGGGGGCCGCAUGGAGACCUGGUGCAGCGUGCGGCCCACGGUCAUCCUCAAGGACACCGCCAUCCGCUCCGACGGCCCCCCACCCUCCCGGUGCCUUGACUCUGCCCUCCCCGAGUCCCCCAAGACUGCGCUGCUGCUGGCCCUCGGCCGGCCCAGGCCCCCUAUCACGCGCUCCCGGAGCCAGCUGACCCUGUGGGAGGAGAAGAAGCAGCAGAAGGAGAAGUCGGGGUCCCCUGGGGAGAAGGGGGCCCUGCAGCGCUCCAAGACGCUGAUGAACCUCUUUUUCAAGGGAGGGCGGCAGGGGCGGCUUGCAGGGGAUGGGCUCAGAGAGGCCUGGACGCUGGACUGCAGGAGCCCAGCCAAAGCCCGGCCUUGCCUGGACCUGGAGAAAGCUUCGGACUCGAGCUGUCUAAAGGCCUGCACAGCACCCCACACGUGUCCCUCUGCAUCUGUCGCUCCCUCUUUUCCAUGGGUUGGCUCCGCUCUCGUCAUGGAGAUCUUCUCACUCCCUCCACUCGCUCUGAGUGAAGUGUCUGGCCGGCAAGACUUUGCAGCCCGGCAGGCCCAGGCCCCUUCCAGGCAGGCUUGCCACCCUGUCCAGGCCCCAGCCCUCCGCUUCCGGGCUGGGGCCCAGAUUCUGCAGCUGGACCUCCUCUCCUCACCAGGGAGCACAGGGCCUGUGCAGAAGUUUGUUCCCCGGAGGCUGAGAGGCGACUGGGAGAGGGGCCGAGCCCUGCUGUUGGCCAGGUCUGGGAGCCCAGCCAGCCAGCUGCCCAGUACAGAUGAGCGGGUGCAGGCCUGGGACAGCCGACGGCCCCUCAUUCAGGACCUGGCCCGCCGGCUGCUGACCGAGGACGAGGUGCUGGCGGUCACUCGCCACUGCUCCAGGGCGCACUCUGACCUCCCCUCCGAAGCCCUCCGCGGCAGCGCCAGUGUCCAGCUCACUGCUCUGCGUGGCUCCCCUGCCCCUCGCUCGCGCUCGGCCGAGUUCCUGACGGUCUGGGACGAGGUCUGCUUGCUAUGCCCCCGAGGCCGGUCCGGAGCCUGGCACGCAGAGGGUGCUGAACGCAGACCUGUGAACUUGGGGUGUGCGCGCACCUGUGGCCGGUUCUGUGCAUACGUGCACGAGGGUGGGGUGGAGGACCUGGUGCGGCCCCUGCUGGCCAUUCUGGACAGGCCCGAGAAGCUGCUGCUGCUGAGGGACAUCAGGAGUGUGGUGGUCCCCACGGACCUGGGUCGCUUCGAGAGCAUGGUGACGCCUGCAGAACUGGAGGCCUUUGAAGCCCUGAAGAGCAGGGCAGUGUGGCCUCCCACUCUGAGACCAGCCCAGCAGGACACACCACCCAAACGCCAUCUCGUCACCCCUGUGCCUGACAGCCGCGGAGGCUUCUACCUGCUGCCUGUGAACAGAGGGCUGCCCGAGCACCUGGAGGCCCUCAGGGUCUCUCCGAGCGCCUCCGCCCCGCCCCGCCCUCGGAAAGGGCCCCCCCCCCUCCAGGACGUGCCAGUCGAGGCCUUUGGCGCGCACCGAGUCACACGCACACCCCCUCCCCAGCCGCCCGCCCUGGCUCCCCGGCCCCCUUGGCCUAACUGGCUGCUCGCCGAAGCCCUGAGUCCAGAGGAUGGUCAGAGGAGCCCGGGCCAUGGCCCAGCCGGGGCCCGCAGCCGGAGCCGAAGCCGGGGCCGAGGCAAGUCCCCCGGGCACGGGCGCUCCCCGUCUCCGGCGCCUCUCCCCACCGUCAGCAUGGCCGCCGGGCGCCACCACAGCCCUCAGAAGGCCAGACCCCCUCUGCCACAGCCUCUGGGCUGCCAGGUGGCCAAGGUGGAGGACAGGCCAGGGCCCUGGGAGGACGGCAAGGGCAGCGCAGCUGAGGAGGCAGCCGGGCAGACCCCUGGCGGGGAGCUGAGGACAGUUGCGCUGUCCAAGACGAAGCCAUCCUUGGGCAUCAGUAUUUCAGGGGGCAUCGAGUCCAAGGUGCAGCCCAUGGUGAAGAUAGAGAAGAUCUUUCCAGGGGGUGCCGCCUUCCUCAGUGGGGCGCUGCAGGCUGGCUUUGAGCUUGUGGCAGUGGAUGGGGAGAGCCUAGAGGAAGUGACCCACCAGCGAGCAGUGGACACCAUCCGCAGAGCUUACCGCAACAAGGCCCAGGAGCCCAUGCAGCUGGUGGUCAGGGUCCCUGGACCGGGCCUGUCACCCUCAGCCCUUGACCCAUCAGCCCUCACUGACCAGCGCCUCCCCUCUGACCGUCCCUCUGCCCCCCAGCCCCUUAAUGCUGCUCCAGGGCCCUCCCACUGGCUUCUAGAACCUCCUGUGGAGGCCAGGCUCCUCCAGCGGACUCCCAGCCUGGUCCCCUCCCCAACCCUGGACUCCUGAGGCCACCUGAUACCCUCCUCACUGAUCCAUGAUCCUCCCCCCGAUUCAGUUCUCAGAGCCCACUGUCCUCCUGCGGUCUCUGACCUCUCAUAUGAACCUCUGGGGGCUCAGGAACCUCAGUCCCGCCUGCCCUGCCUACUGUGAGUGCCAUCCCUGCUAGGCUCAUCUGCCUGCGGUCGCCCUCCCAGACCAGAGAAGCCUGGUGUCCACAGACAGGUGCUAGAGAAGGCUUCGGUCAGCUGCAUCCACUACUCCCCAACCUAAGGAGCGGGGGCCAAGAAACCCUGAUCUGGAGCAGAGGACUGGUGGGCACUUUCUCCUGAUGCUGCUCCAAGCCCGACUCCCUCAGCACUGAGGGCCACAGACUCCCCAGUCCGGGCACUCAUCAGGGGACAGGACGCAAGCCUUUUCUCAUUCCUUAGACUCUAAGUUCAUUCCAAGACUUGGUCAACAAGGACCAGACUCUGCUGGAUUUCUUUCUCCUUGUAAGAUGGGAGUGGAGGUCACAAAAGGUCCCCAGCACUUGUUUAUACAGCAUGCUCACUUUAAAAACAAAAAAAAUUUUUUUUAAUUUUUUUCUUUGGGUUUUUACAAGAAAUUUACAGUGUGAAAAAUAUCAGGUGAAAACAAGGCCAUAAAUCGGGGUACUUUGAGGGCCUGCUUGGUCACAAACACAAAUAAACAAGACAUUUCUGAGUUC